AUGUUUUUUAAAUCCCUUUCAAAUAUAGUUAAACCACGAAAACAAAUAACCACAGCAAUUCAAAGAAGCUACUUUUCCGAUAAUGGAAAGAUUGUGAUACCGCGACAUGGAACUACGAUAUUAUGCGUACGCAAAAACAAUGAAGUGUGUUUAAUCGGUGAUGGUAUGGUUUCCCAAGGAACAAUGAUAGUUAAAGGAAACGCAAAAAAAAUAAGAAGGCUAAAAGAUAACAUUUUAAUGGGAUUCGCAGGCGCUACAGCAGAUUGUUUUACCUUAUUAGAUAAAUUCGAAACAAAAAUUGACGAAUAUCCAAAUCAACUUCUGAGAAGCUGUGUUGAACUAGCAAAAUUGUGGAGAACUGAUAGAUAUUUACGACAUUUGGAAGCAGUAUUAAUAGUGGCUGACAAGGACACUUUAUUAGAGGUAACCGGAAAUGGUGACGUUUUAGAACCAUCUGGAAAUGUUUUAGGGACAGGAUCAGGCGGCCCAUAUGCAAUAGCAGCCGCAAGAGCUUUAUACGAUAUCGAAAAUUUAUCUGCUAAGGAUAUUGCUUAUAAAGCUAUGAAUAUUGCCGCUGAUAUGUGCUGUCACACGAAUCAUAACUUUAUAUGCGAAACAUUGUAG